UGGCCCGUUAGCAGGAAGCGGAGCAGUCGCCCCGACGCUGGCGAGAGACCCAAUCCGAACCCCCAGUCCCCGGAGUCCGAGCCGUGUGUACUGCGUUCUCAGCGCCGUCCGACAGCUCCCAGCUAAACUUCACCAACUCCGCCGCCUUUUCCGCCACCAUGCCCAAGACGAUCAAUGUGCGUGUGACCACCAUGGACGCAGAGCUGGAAUUUGCAAUUCAGCCCAACACCACUGGCAAGCAGCUGUUUGACCAGGUGGUGAAAACUAUUGGCCUGAGGGAAGUUUGGUUUUUUGGUCUGCAGUACCAGGACACUAAGGGUUUCUCUACUUGGCUAAAACUCAAUAAGAAGGUGACUGCCCAGGAUGUGCGGAAGGAAAGCCCUCUGCUUUUCAAGUUCCGGGCUAAGUUCUACCCUGAGGAUGUAUCCGAGGAAUUGAUCCAGGACAUCACACAGCGACUAUUCUUCCUGCAAGUGAAGGAGGGCAUUCUCAAUGAUGAUAUUUACUGCCCACCUGAGACUGCUGUGUUGCUGGCCUCCUAUGCUGUCCAGUCCAAGUAUGGUGACUUCAAUAAGGAAGUCCACAAGUCUGGCUACUUGGCUGGGGACAAGUUGCUGCCACAGAGGGUCCUGGAACAGCACAAACUUAACAAGGACCAGUGGGAGGAACGGAUCCAGGUGUGGCAUGAGGAGCACCGGGGCAUGCUCAGGGAGGAUGCUGUCCUGGAGUAUCUGAAGAUUGCCCAGGAUCUGGAGAUGUAUGGUGUGAACUACUUCAGCAUCAAGAACAAGAAAGGCUCAGAGCUGUGGCUGGGAGUGGAUGCCCUGGGUCUCAACAUCUAUGAGCAGAAUGACAGACUGACUCCUAAGAUAGGCUUCCCCUGGAGUGAAAUCAGGAACAUCUCUUUUAAUGACAAGAAAUUUGUCAUCAAGCCCAUUGACAAAAAAGCCCCGGACUUCGUCUUCUAUGCUCCUCGGCUGCGGAUUAACAAGCGGAUCUUGGCUCUGUGUAUGGGGAACCAUGAGCUAUACAUGCGCCGCCGCAAGCCCGACACAAUCGAGGUGCAGCAGAUGAAGGCACAGGCCCGGGAGGAGAAGCACCAGAAACAGAUGGAGCGUGCUCUGCUGGAAAAUGAGAAGAAGAAACGUGAGAUGGCAGAAAAGGAGAAGGAGAAGAUUGAACGGGAAAAGGAGGAACUGAUGGAGAGGCUGAAGCAGAUCGAGGAACAGACUAAGAAGGCUCAACAAGAACUGGAAGAACAGACCCGCAGGGCUCUGGAACUUGAACAGGAGCGGAAGCGUGCCCAGAGCGAGGCCGAAAAACUGGCUAAAGAGCGUCAAGAAGCUGAAGAGGCCAAGGAGGCCCUGUUGCAGGCCUCCCGGGACCAGAAGAAGACCCAGGAACAACUGGCCUUGGAAAUGGCAGAGCUGACAGCUCGGAUCUCCCAGCUGGAGAUGGCCCGACAGAAAAAGGAGAGUGAGGCUGUGGAAUGGCAGCAGAAGGCUCAGAUGGUACAAGAAGACUUGGAGAAGACCCGUGCAGAGCUGAAGACUGCCAUGAGCACGCCUCAUGUGGCAGAGCCUGCCGAGAAUGAGCAGGAUGAACAGGAUGAGAACGGUGCAGAGGCCAGCGCCGAACUGCGGGCUGAUGCCAUGGCCAAGGAUCGCAGCGAGGAGGAACGUACCACUGAGGCAGAGAAGAAUGAGCGUGUGCAGAAGCACCUGAAGGCCCUCACUUCAGAGCUGGCCAAUGCCCGUGAUGAGUCCAAGAAGACUGCUAAUGACAUGAUCCAUGCUGAGAACAUGCGACUGGGUCGAGACAAAUACAAGACCCUGCGCCAGAUCCGGCAGGGCAAUACUAAGCAGCGCAUUGAUGAGUUUGAGUCCAUGUAAUGGGCACCCAGCCUCUAAGGACCCCUCCUCCCUUCUUCCUUGCUCCCACA